AUGUCUGUUUCGUUUUCUUCACCGACUCUAUCCACCGCCAUCGACUUUAUUGUCUUCCUAAAUUCUUAUUCUCUUUACUUUUUUUCACUGCCAGAAAUCAGAUGUAGCUACGAUGACUUCCUCGAUUUUGCUUUGAUCUUUCUCGAUUCGAUUAGGGCUUUGAUUUCCAACAAGCCACCUCUUCAAGUCGAUCGUUUCCACCACCUCUACCGCCGCCCGCUUCACUCUCCGCUCCGCCGAAGCCUUCUUCUUGGAUUUCAGCCAUACCCAUCUCCUGCGACACCGUCUCCGCCAAAGCCUCCGCCGGUGAGUCUGCCUCCGCCAUAUAGGAUCCAUCGACUCCCUAUCCGCCACCUCCUUCUUCUUCGCGUCUACCACCAGGGAUUGGGUGCCACCACGAAGGGACUGCGAAGGGAUUGCAUUUCUCAUUAUCGUCAUUUGCAUAAGAUCUAUCACAAAAUCGAUCCCAAACUUCCAAGAACAGGUAUACUGAACGAUUCUUAUGGUUGGCACCUGCUUCCUAAACCGAAAAAUGCUUCUGGAAUGGCUCCAAGGUGA